GCUGUCAAUUCACCCGCGUCUGUUGACUUCAUCAGUUCGAUCCAGCAUUCAAUCCACACCAAUGGCUCCGAACGUAUCGAAUAAGCGCAAGUUCACCCCGGUCAAGGCGGAGACGGGCCCCAGCAAGAAGUACGUGAAGGGCGACAAGGCAAAGGAGCCUGUUGAGUCCGAGGAGGAGGAAGAGGUUGAGGAGGAGGAGGAUGAGGAGAUGGGGGAGGCUGUUUCGGAUGAUGGCGCGGCGGGGUGGGUCGAUGAGGAUGCGGAGGAUGUCGAGAUGGAGGAUGGCGAGAACGGAGAGCAAAAGCCGCCCAAGGACCCGAAUGCGUCAAGGGAAGCGCACAAGGCACAGAAAGUAUUGGCAGCAGAGCGUAAAGCCAACAAACCCCACGCCGACACCAUGACCGCCGCCAAGAAGAUCUGGGAGAAACUCCGUCUCAAGAAGUUGCCCGUUGAGGAGAGGAAGGCGUUGGUUGAUGAGAUGCUCGAGUUGACUAGGAGGAAUGUUACGGAGAUCAUUUUCAAGCAUGAUGCGAGUAGAUUCAUUCAAACCUGUCUGAAAUACGGAAGCCAGGAGCAGAGACAGGCUUUUGCGGCGGCGUUGAAGGGGAGGUAUGUCGAGAUGUCGAAAUCUUCGUAUGGAAAGUAUACGGUAAUUAAGUGUCUGCACUAUGGCUCCGCUGCGACUCGUGCGGGGAUCUUCUCGGAGUUCUAUGGAAAUGUGAGAAAGUUGAUUAGGCACAAGGAGGCGGCCUAUGUCCUCGAAGACGCAUUCCGUGAUUAUGGAAACACUGCGCAGAAGAACGCCUUGUUGGAGGAGUUCUACGGACAGGAGUUUGCGGUUUUCAAGAGUGAGAAGAAUGAUGCAAAGACGUUGGCGGAGAUCUUGAAGGCGAAUCCGGAGAAGAAGGAUUUGAUUUUGAGAAAUUUGGCGGAGUCGAUUGUUGGGUCGUUGAAGAAGGGAUCGAUUGGUUUCACGAUUAUUCACAGAGCUUUGCAUGAUUAUAUGAACAACUGCAAUGAUGCGCAGUUUGCGGAUAUGUUGGAUAACAUCAAGGAGAACAUUGCGGAGGUUGUGCACACCAAGGACGGUUCUGACCUCGCGAUGCUGUGUUUCGCCAAGGGAACCCCUAAAGACAGGAAAGUUCUUGUUCGUGCCUUGAAGCCUUACGCGCACAAGUUGGCGAUGGACGAGUACGGUUGCUUGGUAUUCUGCGCCAUCUUCGAGACUGUCGACGAUACCGUCUUGGUGAACAAGUCCUUGUUGAGCGAGUUGAAGCCUCACCUUCAGGAAAUGAUGAUGCACAAGUACGGCCGUCGUGUCUUGCUCUACAUCCUCUGCGGCUGCGACCCUCGCUACUUCUUCAAGGAGUCGACAAAGAUGUUGGACGCCGUCAAGGAAAUCCGUCAAACUACCUCGAAGAAGGAUCCCGAAGUCCGUCGUCAGGAGCUUCUGAGUUUCAUUUCGGAGCCGUUGUUGGAAUUGAUUGCGUCUAAGCCCACGAAGCUUGUCGAGGAGAGUUUGAGUUCGCAGGUUGUUACGGAGACGUUGUUGUUUGCGAACGGUGAUAAGGGCGCAGCGUUGGAUGCCAUCCUCAACAUCGCCAGGGAGUCACCGGUUGUGGAUGUCAUGCACCCCGUUAACUUCAACUACGCUUCCCGUGUGUACAAGACCCUCGUUUCGGGUGGACACUGGGAUCCUAAGGAGAACAAGAUCCAUAAGGUUGAGCCUAGGCUUGAGUUUGAGUCUAUGAUGUUGCCGGUUGUCGAGAAGCACCUCGCUGACUGGGCUUCUUCGAAUGGAUCUUAUGUCGUUAUUGCGUUGUUGGAGACGUUGGAGGGGGAGGAGAGGGAGAGGUUGGUGAGGAAGUUGAGGUCUCACAAGGCGGCGAUUCAGGCUGCGUCGAAGAAGGAUAAGGUUAGUGGUGGUGUUAAGAAGAUUCUGGAGGUUAUUGCUUAA